AUGCCUCGAAAUAUAAUCCAAGGCGGAGGAGGCAUCCUCCGAUACCUUCAUCGGAGCAAUGCCUUGGUUCGUCCCUCUCGCGUGGCCAUCGCCAAUGGCCUUGUCCGACGCAUUUGUCUCUCUACGAACCGUCAUCUGGUGAACUCGACUGCGAAAACAAUUCGUCCUUCAGUCAUUCUAUCGCGCCCUUUAAUCAACUCCUUUGCGACUACAAGUACUCACGAUGAUGAGACCGAGACAACAAGGGCGAAAGGAUCCAAAACUGGCAAGACGAAGACCACGAAGAAAAGCAGCUCGAAAGCUAAAGCUAAAGCUAAGCCGAAGCCCCGCAAGAAGAUGACAGACAAGCAGAAGGAAGCCAAGAAAGCCGAGAAGUUGAAGGAACUGGUCAAGCAGCUCAAGAAGACAGCGCUGGAACCUCCCAAGAAACUUAUAGAGAAUCCUUGGAAUCUCGCUAUCGCAACGGUGGCCAAAGAGAUUCACGCACGCGGCGUCAAAGGACCAGACUUUGUCGCGCAAUGUUCCCAACUCGCACAGUCGAUCAGCGCAGACGAGCGUGAGCGUCUUGCGGCCGAAGCAGAAGCCAAUAAAGCUGCCAAUGCGGCAGCUUAUGACGCAUGGAUCCAACAGCACACUCCUCUUCAGAUCAGAGAAGCCAAUGCAGCACGCCGCAGACUCAACAAGAUUAAGAACACAUCUCUUCGACUUCUCCGUGACGAUCGGCAGGUCAAGCGGCCUCGUACGGCAUACCUGCUUUACAUGCUGGACCGGACUGCCGAGGGCGACUUCAAAUAUAUGAAGGCCAAGGAUAUCGCAGUGCGCGUAACAGAGGAAUGGAAAGGCCUGACAUCUACGGAGAAGGAGAAAUACCUCAGACAAGCGGAAGAGGAUCGUGAGCGGUACCGCCAAGAAUACCUUGAAGUCUACGGUGAAGAACCAGCAACUUCUCGCUCAACAACCGCGUCUCCAAGUCUUUGA